GUUUCGUAAACUUUAGGUCUUUAUACUAUCCUAUACUGUAGUAGCGAGAUAAUCGAUUAUUAUUAUUUUUUGGUAAUAUUCAGAUACUUUUUAAUUAAAGAAAAUAAUUGUAAAGAUAAUAUUACUAGGCUUGAUGGAGUUAUCUGGUAAACAAGAUGAUUCAAGUUUGUCUUCUAGUAAUAAUAAUAAUAUUAGGCCUAACAGUAACACCGGCAUUACGAAUAGGGAAGAAAACAUCAUCAUGGACAGUUCCUCAAGGUCUUUAAGUUUAAGUUCAAGAAUUAGAAGACCUCAGGCUCAAGUUCAUGCUAUUGUUAGAGGGCGACCUAGGUAUAAUUUUACUGGAAGACAUAUGUCUGGUGUAUCAUCCAAUAGUGAAGGAUUAGAUAACUUGUUGAACAAUGAAUACAGGAAAAUAUGUCGACAAAUAAAUCAAGCCAAGAAACAUAUUGAACUUUUGAGAGAGAAAAUGAGAAAUAUAAAAUGUCUUUUACGUAGAGCAGAAAAUCAUAAAAAUCAUGCUUUUCGAUACAGCAUGAGCCUUGAACUUUCUACUGUCAGUGGAAUGGAAAUGAUGUAUGGAUAUUUUAUAAACCAGAAAAGGUUUGAACUACUUCGUCUUCGAGGGCUUAGAUAUUUGCAAAACCACUUUCCUGAUCAAAGACUUUCACAAUCAAGAAAUAUAAAUCGUGUUGCUACUGCUGUAACUUCUAGUAAUGUUACACAAGUUGACUUAGACAUGCCUGGAAUUCUCUCUCUUCAUGAAAGUAUUAAUAAUGUCCAUAACAUUACAAGUAGUGAAACUGAGAGCUUGAGUUCUGAUGAAGCUCAUAAUGUUACUGGACCAAGAAUGUAUAGUGAUACUAAUAUUAAUAGUUUGAGUGCUGAUGAAUCUUACAGUAGUGCUAGACAGAGUAUCAAUGCUAUUACAAGCAGUGACAGUUUAAGUACUGAUGAAACUCAUAGUGGUGAUAGAGGAGGUAUUUUUACCAUUACUAGCACAGGUAACUUAAGUACUGAUGAAGCUCAUCAUGUGGUUAGUCCUUCAUCAACUGAGAUGGACAACUGAAGCACAAAAAGGUGCAAUUAUUGAAAGAACACAAGUGAAAUGUAUUAUAAAUGAGGUUAUAUGUAAAGAUAGUUUAGAGCCUGAGCAGCAUUAUAAUUUAUAUCUGAGUGAUUAUAACAUUUGUAACAUCCAUUUACUGUUAAUAUAAAGUUCAAUACAUUUAAUUUAGUACUCUCUCACUUUAUAUCAGUGCUGCAAUGAAGGUUAAACUUAUCUUUUUUGUAUAUUAAUUGUGUUUAGAUCUUAUUGAUGUUUACAGGAUUAUUUGGGAGAUUAAUAGGGUAAAGGACUACUUUGUGUCAUAUCCCUAGGAUAGUAUGAGAAAACAAGUUUAAGAAUUGGUAAAGCCAAGCUAAGCUCCAGCUAAAACGUGUUUUUUCCACAAAAGUAAUUAGCUUAUGGUAUGAGUUACUCUCAGCAGUAGUAGGGGCUGGAACUUUAUAAUAGUUAAGAUUUUAAAAUUGGAAUCAAUUAUUUCCAGAAAAAGUAAAUGUUGGGUUUAAGCUUUUGUUUUUUCACAAGGAUGAGUGUGUAAGGACAGCCUUGAGGGGUCAGGUGGUUCAAUGCUGUCCAUAUGUUGAAUAAAAGUUGAAAUUGUAAAGAAAUAUGAAGCUGAAUCUAUCAUUUCAUUCAUCAGUUAUCACUGUGUUAUACCUGUAUAACUCCGUGAUAAGUGGUGAAUCAGAUAUUACAUUUGUCCAUAUUUCUGGUAUUUUAAAUAGCUCAUUUGCUGAGUAAUUCAAGUAUAUAAGUUAGUAACAGAAAUGCUGCAGAUUUGUAAAAUUCUGUUGGUUUACUAUGGUGAGCAAAAUAUGACUUGAAAUACCAUGCAUAUAUGCUUCACUAUAAGAAACUUAGUCUUUUUUAUUUUUUCUUGUCCUGGGUUACUGAAGUUAAUGGAAUUCCCUGAUACUGGUAUAAUUUAGGGACAAGAAGUGAAUUUAACCAUAUAUUGUGUUUCAUAUCUAUUUUUAGUAUUUGAAUUAAACAUCUUGUCUGCUGAAUAACUUAAAUCAUUAAUAUCAAUGCUGCAUGUUCUUUAAAUCUUGUGUAAUUAUGGGGACACUGGUAGGAAAGCAUCAUAAAGCUGAACUAUAGAUAUAUAUAAUUAUAGGGACACUGGUAGAAAACCACAUAAAUCUGAACUAUAGAUAUAUAUAAUUAUAGGGACACUGGUAGAAAACCACAUAAAGUUGAACUAUAGAUAUAUAAUUAUAUGGACACUGGUAGAAAACCACAUAAAGCUGAACUAUAGAUAUAUAUAAUUAUAGGGACACUGGUAGAAAACCACAUAAAGCUGAACUAUAGAUAUAUAAUUAUAGGGACACUGGUAGAAAACCACAUAAAGCUGAACUAUAGAUAUAUAAUUAUAGGGACACUGGUAGAAAACCACAUAAAGCUGAACUAUAGACAUAUAAUUAUAGGGACACUGGUAGAAAACCACAUAAAGCUGAACUAUAGAUAUAUAAUUAUGGGGACACUGGUAGGAAAGCAUCAUAAAGCUGAACUAUAGAUAUAUAUAAUUAUAGGGACACUGGUAGAAAACCACAUAAAGCUGAACUAUAGAUAUAUAUAAUUAUAGGGACACUGGUAGAAAACCACAAAGCUGAACUAUAGAUAUAUGACAAUAGGGACACUGAUAAAAAACCACAUAAAGUUGAACUAUAGCUUGACACAUCACUUGUUUGUUUCUGGAUAUUUUGUGGGUAAAUUUACAUCCCUAUAUUCAAAGUACAUAAGUUAUAUAAAUUGUAUGCAUGAUUGCUGGAUAUAUAGUAAAAGUAUUUAUAUUGCCAAGAAACAUGCAUAGAAACUUGUUUAGUAUAUUAAGUGUGAUGAUAAUGAAUAUUGACAGAUAAAAUGGAUGAAUAUACGAGUCUUAAUCUAAAAAAGAUUCAUUAUGUCAAUAGUAUUUAGAUUCUUAAAACCACUAAUAUACAAAGUAUCAAGUAUUUAGAAGUGAUUUAAUUUUAGCAUUUGUUUCUUUUAUAUUUUGUAAGUUAUUCAACAGAUGCUAUUAAGAAUGUAGAACACAUGACGUCUGCACAGUCUAAUAAUGAUCACUAGUUUGUCAGUAGUAAUUGUUUACUACCAGAAGAGAUCAGUUUUAGACUGUUGAUUUUUUGCCAGUCUACACAAUACACACACACUUUGCAUAUCGAAAUGUAUCUUAGUUUAUAUAAACUGAACAACCAGUCUGUAUGUCUUGGAUGAAAUAAAUGUGUUUCUUACUUCAGA